CACAUUUCUGUACCUCGCGUUUCCUGUUUCAUUCCCUAUAUCACAAUACCGCCAUGUUUAAAAUCCACAAAAACAACUUAAGAAGAUGGAGAUCACCAACACAGAAGAGCGCAUUGCUGAAGAGGUACGCAAAUAUCCUCACCUCUUCAACACAUCACUUAAAGACUACAAAGAUGCGCGGAUGACUGCAAAUUCGUGGCGCUCAAUAUCUGUAGCGAUAGAGCUGGACCCAAAAGACUGCUCAAAGCGAUGGAGGAGUUUGCGCGACAAGUUCGUGAGGGCCAAGAGAACUUUCAAAAGCAAAAGUGGCGAUGCAGGAGGGAAGAGGAUGCCUGCCAUCCUAACCUUUCUGUCGUGGUUGGACCCGUUCGUAAAACAUCGGGAGACGUCCUCUAAUUACGACAACAAGCAGACGGAGCCAUUAUGCAGGGAGGAAACAGCCACCUCAGCACCUGAGGCCUCCCCCGAGUCAUCCUCACCAGCACCCGAGGCCUCCCCAGAGUCAUCCUCACCAGCACCCGAGGCCUCCCCAGAGUCAUCCUCACCAGCACCCGAGGCUUCCGUUGAGCCAACCUGCCACCCACCACCCAGGUUUCUGACUCCAUGCACCCCUCCACCCUCCAGGAUUCCGCCCUCUCCAUCCACCCCUCAAGCCUCCAGCACACCAAAGAGAAGACGGGCGGCGCAAGACCAAAGUAUCAUCGAGGCAAUGGCAAGGGUCGAGGAGCGCAGGGCCCAAAUGUACAGGGACUUUGCGCCUGUGGAACCUUCUCCACCACCACCACCACCACCACCGUGUGAAAACACUUUAUUUGGCAUGAGUGUAGUUGCCUUGGCAAAGUCACUGCACAAUGACGUGGCAUGCGAGAUAAAACUUCAGAUUUUAACCCUGCUGUAUCAAAACCAGGCUAACCAUCCGCGCUUUGCAAAUACGUACCACCAAUUAUAA